AUUUUUGGCCGUCCUUUCUACCCCUCUUUGCUCAUGGCGGUAACGCGGCGCCCUCCCGGCAUCGAUGACACACUCUCUCUUUCAGCUCACUCUCCAACAGAGCUAAGGAAUCCUAAACCCGCAUUCUAUUCGACUCCAAGCAAGAAUAUCCGGUAAAUUCAACCUUUUUUGUUCGUCAAAGCUUUGUCGGUCGAUUUCGGUUGGAUCGUUCUCUCCCCUUUUCGUUCUGCUUUUCCACCGAUUUCCCUUUUUUUCUAAGCGAAAAUCGGGUGAAGGACUGAUUAUUGUUGUUCAUGCUCACACCUCACUCUUUUCCUUUGUUUUGGUGGUAAAGCUUCAGUAACUGCUGUCUCGGCUUCGUUCGAAUUCCAUUUGUCGCAUCAAGUUCAGUGCUUGUAGUGUUUCUGCAAUUUGUUCUUUGCAAAGUGUUGUAUUUCCACUCUUUUCUGUUGAUAUCUUGGUAAUCCGAGCAACGAAUUUGGUGGUAAAGCAUCGGUAAUUGGUUUCUCUGUUUCGUUCGGAUUCCAACUGUCACUUCAUAUUGUUCUUCUCGAUUUUGUUCUAUGCUUGCUGUCUUCCUUGGCUACUAUUUUCCUCCAAAAAAUAGAAUCUUUAGCUCUAACCUGAAGCUUCUGGAGAAUAUAGCAUUUUUAUUCCUGAGCGGAGUUUGUAUCUAUCUUCGACCUGAAGAUUUGUAAACGUCUACAUCAGAAUUGCUUUUCCUUGUAUCUAUUGCCCUUUCGCAGUAGGACUAUUUACUUCCAUCUUUUACUUGAUUUCCAAAUUCCCGCUCUUGUCUUCGCUUAAUCUAUGAAUCACAUUGUGAAACCAGUGAAAGAGGAGCACCAGGACUUCUCUGAUGCUUCCUCUGGCUCUGUCAAUGGAGCCGUGGAUGCUCCUAGGCCACUAGAUGGGUUGCAUGAUGUCGGCCCACCGCCAUUUCUGACAAAAACCUAUGAGAUAGUUGAUGAUCCUAACACUGACCAGGUUGUGUCAUGGAGCCCUACCAACAACAGUUUCGUUAUCUGGGAUCCUCAAGCAUUCGCGAUGACUCUUCUUCCUAGAUAUUUCAAGCACAACAACUUCUCCAGCUUUGUCCGGCAGCUAAAUACCUAUGGAUUCAGGAAGGUGGAUCCUGAUCGGUGGGAGUUCGCAAAUGAGGGAUUCCUGAGAGGCCAGAAACAUCUCCUUAAGAGCAUCAAGAGAAGAAGGUCAGCUGCUCAUCUUCCUCUGCAGCAGCAGCAGCCUCUUGGUUCAUUCCUCGAAGUUGGAGAAUUCGGUCUUGAAGGCGAAAUUGACAGGCUGAAGCGCGACAAACAGUUAUUGUUAAUGGAGUUGGUGAAGCUGCGACAGGAGCAGCAGAACACGAGAUCCAGUCUCAGAGCUAUGGAGGAGAAGCUGCAUCAGACUGAACUGAAGCAACAACAGAUGAUGGAAUUCUUGGCACGCUUGAUGCGGAACCCCAGCUUUUUACACCAAUUGGUCGAGCAAAAGGAGAGGUUCAAGGAACUCAAAGAUGCGAUAUCAAGGAAAAGGCGACGACCAAUUGAGGGAACUAAUGGAAGUGGCAUCCCAAUCAAAGUCGAAAGCCAUGAUCUUGCAGACUUCAGCAUGGAGGCAUUGGGGUUGGACAUGACCAUGGAGAUGCAGGGACUGGUCGAUGAGGAUGAUUACCAAGAACAAGUAGGGCUGCCGGAUGGGGAUUUGAAUGAAGAAUUUUGGGAGGAUUUGUUGAACGAGGGGAUCGACAGCGGCGGUGAAGACGAGUUAAAACUUGCAAUUGAAGCAGGAAGCAGAGAUGAUGUGAAUAGUUUAGCUGAUAAAUUAGGGUUCCUGAGUUCAACCAGUCCCAGGUAGGAUGGUAAGCAUGUGUUCAAUCAUAAUAAGCUGCACCAAGCCAUCAGAUUUCAAAAUUCUCCUUGUGUCACGUAGUUCUAACUGCUUAAUUUGUAUGAGAAACUUUGGAAGCAAUAUUCAAUAUUCCGGUGUCAUGCUAAAUAAAACAUCGAUGUUUAUUA